AUGGUCGUUCGCACCAUUCACGAUCUGAACGCCCGACAACAGAUCUUGCGGCCGACUCUGCCUAAACCCUCUACGGACACGGAGCGCUUUUCUCUCGCAGAUGCUGGUCAUCUGAAGCUAAAGCUACAAGCUCUCGAUCGUGUCAUAUCGAGCAUACGGCCAGAUAGUCCUAGCGAAGAUGAUAUUGCCAAUAUUGACGAUGCCUGCAAAACAAACCCAUCUGGAGGCUCCGUCUACGUCGCUGGCUCGGAGAGGUUCUACCUCGUAGUAAAAGGCCUCACGGGGCCGCGCGCCACUGCCGAUGCUUAUGCUGAAGCAUACAAGAACGUGCUACAAGGCAGGCCGUAUGCUAACAAGUACAAGCUAUCCGGGUGGGCGGGACCAACACCUAUAUUCUCAGAGAUACGUCCUCUACUGCGAGAUAUUGACAUUGCCUGCGAAACCAACCUCGAAAGCGCCUUUGCCAUACUUGAGGAAAGAGCCAAACCCUUUCCCUUCCUCCGACUUCCCGCUGAGCUCCGCCUCCACACAUACUCAUUCCUUCUUCCCCCCGGGCCUCGCAUCGUCCUUGACCCUUCACGUCAACACGUCACGCGUCCACGCCUCAACAUCAUGCGAACCAACAGGCAGAUACACAAUGAAGUGAGGAAGCUCUUCUACGGGAGCCGAAGAAUGUUCAUUCAAGUGGAACCCGGCCUUAUGGACAAAGAAAGCGCAAUAAAAUAUGGCCACGGCCUCAAGUGUUUACACAUGUCAACUACAAUAAACCCGACUAUCCUGCAGCUUCUGAAAGAGCUGGAAUUUCAGUUCCGUAAAGAUCCAUCCGGCGGGUGUUACCCCUCAAAAUCAUGGAUGAACCCCAUGGGCCGCAUAUACUACAUGCUCAAGCUUGAGCGUAUCAGUAUCACCUUCACGGAGAGUGAAUUCUACCGCUUAACUGCAGCGGGGUCUACGGAUCCUAAAGCUUUGGAAGUACAGCGGAUUCAAUACGAGAAGUUGGAGCGCUUUGCCAGAUGGUUUAUUAAACAGAUUCCGGCGUCUGUGAACGUAUCGUGGUCACGCGAAGACGCGGCAAUUUUCUUUAAUAGCGCUGCUGUGGAGCAGCGAAGACUACCCACAGAGCUUCUUCAGUCCGUUAUCGAUCAUUCCUCGCACUUCCGUCUUGCCAGCAUCGCAUGCAUAAGCCCUGAGCUGCGCGCGCUUGUCGAACGACAGCUAUAUCGCGAUGUGGUCCUAGGCUGGGGCUUCGCGGGAGAUCUAUGGCCAUUCUACCGGACAAUCCAGUUGCGGCCGGAUCUGUCCAGGAAGACUGAAUAUCUCGUCAUCAAAGUCGUUGAUCGCAUGAUGAGUAUCGAGGUUCCCACGCUUGGUGUUGUACCACAGGGCGCGAUGUUCCCCUCUACCAUCCGAGCAGAAAUAGAAGAAACUCGCAUCGCUUGCGCUCUUCUCUUCUGGCAAAUGACCGAGCUCGAAUUCCUUAGCUUGUCGAUUGUACAGGCCGACGAGGACGACGAUGGCAGGCCCAGGCUCGUUUCCAAGUGCUUGAGCAAACUAAUCUCCCAUUUCGAUAAUCGCACAGCACAUCUCACGAGAUUCCCCGGACUAAAACAGCUACGAAGCCUCAAAUUCGAAGGCACUGAGUUCCAUUGGGUACUCGCCAAGUCCCCAGUUCUAGAGGAGAUUGUUCUCACUCGUCCCAGCCACAUCCUGGCCGACGGAGACUCGUCUGCGAUCAAUACUGCUGUCAAAUCUCUCACAAUCCCGGUACAAUCCGCUGUUCUCAAUCCAGCUUGUAGCCACUAUGACGCCUUGUCUCCCUUCCUCGCACACUUCCCUCGCUUGGAAAUUCUGCGUAUGCCUUUCAACGAUGCCGAUGAAGGAGUAGCCGGACCCCGUUCACACUUCAAUCUCGAUCGCGACGAUCAAGGUAGCUAUACUGCCUUAUUCCAGAAGCUCAUGUCAGUGGCGCCUGUCUUAACAAGGUUGGAACUAGACGCAUCCACUCACUGCAGUGAGGAGGACACCAGCUUUCUAGACCACGUACUACCCGGAGAUGGCUUCCUUAUUUUCAAGGCGCUCAGGCAUCUUUUGGUACCUUAUCAGUGCCUGUUCGGACGAGGUGAGCCACAAUGGGCGCAUAUCCAGCAACCGGCGGAUGAGAUGCUGCCCCCAACUCUUGAGACCUUGAAGGUCCAUUUUCCAGAGCUGGCAUUCCUUGACUGGCUCACCACGUUAUCUUACUAUCGGAAGCAGCUUCCUGUGCUGGAGCAUAUUGGUAUCGCGUGUUCAAGCUGGGUUGGAGGCUCAUAUGUUGACUUUGCGUUUACCUCGUAUCCGCACCCUGCGCUGGACGUGCUUUCCUCGAUGGGUAUUGAGUGGAGCAUUCAUAUCCCACAGUGUUGCUGGAGGCCGACAUGGGACGACUAUGAUCUCCGGGCUUCGGAUGCAGUUGCGUGGAUGGAUAGGACUUUUGGUCCUUCGUAUCGUGGUGAGCUUUGGAUACGAUGGUCAUGGGGUGGAUUUGGCUAA